CUAAGUAACGUAACGUUAGAGAGACACGGUCAGCCACUCCAUCCUGGCGUCUGUGUGACGAGCAGUCUUCGAAAGUUUCCUCUCAUCUUCUACACUUUUGCACUAAACUUCGCAGCCAUGUCCGAGGCAAGUUCUUCGACUACGGGCAAUUCGGCUCCCACUACCGGUACCGGUACGACCGCCGAGUUGCUAGUCCGAGCGCCCAUCAAAAGAGCUAGACCUCAACUCAGUUGUACGCCGUGCCGCCAGGGGAAACUAAAGUGCAACCGUGAACAUCCCGUCUGCGAUCAGUGUGCGAAGCGUUCGAGGCAGGAAGUAUGCCAAUAUGUUCCCCCUCCACCCCGGAACAAGCAGGCCCAGAACAUGCGGGGUCGCAUCCGAAAUCUCGAGAGCCUGGUCGUCAACUUGAUCAAUCAGAAACAGCAAGAGGACGGCGCAAGUACUCCUGCUGCUCCAAGCAUCGAACCUACUGCUACCAAAGAGGUGGAGGAACUUAGUCUGGAAACUUUUGGCCAGAUGAGAAUCAGUAGCCAGGGCAAUGACCAUUACGUGGGAGCCGGCCACUGGUCGGCUUUGUUGAAAGAAAUUGAAGAAGUAAAAAACGGAAUCAAUGACGAUGAAGAAGAAGAAGAUCAAGGAGAGGAGUGGGACGAUGACGCCGCUCGAUCCACAGUAACUUUUGGGAUGCCCAGGCACAUCACGAAAACGCAGCUCAUACAGGAAAUGCCGUCAAAAGAAGAGUGCGACCGACUUCUUCCUCUGUGGUUUAAUAGUGCCGAUCCUCUUCUGUUCAUCAUGCACGUCCCUACUUUUCAAGAAGAGUACAAUCAAUUCUGGAUUGACGCUUCCUCGACAUCAGUCAUGUGGAUCGCUCUGCUAUACUCAGCCAUGGCUUUGGGCAUUAUACUAGGACCUCGAAACCCUGGCAUGAAUGCACACGCCGCGGCGUACGAUAACUCGUCAGGGUCCAUCUACAAUAGUACGGAUUCGAGCGGUACCAACGACUACCUAAACAGCGCGGUCAACCGCUUCCAGCAGCUAGCGUCCUCCGCAAUUGUCUUAGCAGACGUUACGAAAAGCCAGCCCUAUACGCUUGAAACCUUGAUGAUCUACAGCGAGUGUGAAUUCUUGCGUAGGGAUGACCAUCACUCAAAAAUCUGGCUGAUGAACGGGGUUUCCAUGCGCGUCGCGAUGAGAAUGGGAUACCAUCGCGACCCUAGUAACUUCAAAGGCAUGUCACCUUUCCAGGGAGAGAUGCGCCGGCGAGUGUGGCACGUCCUAAACAUGUUGGACACGCUGAUCUCCUUCGCCAUUGGUCUACCAGCCGUCGUCCGACGUAUAGAGAGUGACACGCGAGCACCGCAGAACCUAUAUGACCUAGAUCUAUCUCCUAAUAUGACGAAGAUGCCCAAGGCGAGACCCUCGUCUGAAUUAACGCCUGCUACAUACACCAUUGCGAAAGCGAAAAUAUGUGCAGUAUUUGCAGAGGCCGCGGAGCUAGCACAACGGAUAACACCGCCACGGUAUGCGAUUGUUGUGUCUCUCGAAAAGCGCCUCGAGGAAGCCCACGACCAAGUUCCUGAAGGGAUGCGUGUCCGUCCAGUACAAGACUGUGUCACUGAUGCGCCGGUGCUUAUCAUGGGUCGCUACAACAUCGAGUUGCUGUACUUGAAGACGAAACUUGUCUUGCACCGCGCCUUCCUCACAGCGGGCCAGACCGAUCCUAAGUACGCGGAAUCGCGCAAGAUAUGCGUCGACUCGGCGUUGGAGAUUCUUCGCUAUCACGUCACCAUCUUUCACGCUUGUCAACCCGGCGGGCAGCUGAACAAGGUUUGGUGGUACAUGUCGUCGCUUCAGACAUUUGAUUUCUUGCUGGCAGCAAUGGUCAUUUGCCUUGAACUUAACCACCUCCAAUCUACCGGCGAUUCUUCCUCGGGCAAAAUCUCGGACAUGUUUUCACUUCUGCAAAGCACCUACGAUAUCUGGGCCAACCAUCCCAACCGGUUCAGAGACUCUGUUCGAGGGGCUGAGAUUCUGAAGGCCAUGUUGAAAAAAUGCUCUUCACCAGGACGGUCCGGUCUUUCUCCGCAGGAUCCUGCUCCGAGCGGAUUUGAGAAGAAUACUUCAGAUCUCCCCAAAGAGAUGACACCAGAGUCUCUGCCGGAAGAGUUGCCACCGCAGAUCUGGAACAACUGGCCAUCUGCUGACAACAUGACUUUCGACGUGCCUGACAUCGCAUCUGAAAUUGAUUGGAAUCUGUGGGACUCUACUAUGAUGGGACAGGAUCACAUGCUACCGCCUACCAAUUGGGUCAACUCGAACAAUACAACAAUGGAAAGCUGGAUGGGUGCGACAUCCAAUGUCGAUAGCAUGAUAGCGCAAGGCCUCGAAGGAUUCACGGACCUACGCGAUCCACUGAACAUCUAUGGUCCCAGUGCCUUCAAUCCCGCUCCCCCUCCACCUUCAAGCACGAAUACAAGUUGAUAUUUGACUCUGUCACGAGGAAGUGUUGCGAGGGGAAGUGUAUUGCAUGCGUACUCUAGUGCAUUGUUGAAGUAGCAACGCUAUCGCACACGCCCCUGGCACUCGGCAUGUCCGGACAUGAGGACCUGUCUGCUACUUCUGCCUUGAGC